CUAUAAAUGCCCCUUUGAACAUAAACCCUAGCACUGCCGCUGCUUGUUUUUUUGUUUCUCAGGAUCGCUCUCGCCUCCGCCUUGCAGCUUCCUUCUAGCUCUCGCUAAUCGCCAUGGAGUUUUGGGGUUUGGAAGUUCAACCUGGCCAAACUGUUAAGGUCAAUCCGGGCGAGAACAAAUACUUGCAUCUUUCGCAGAUAUCUCUAGGAGAGGUAAAGAAGGAGAAAACUGCAGCUGCUUCAGUAUUUGUGAAGUUUGAUGACAAAAAGCUGGUGCUAGGAACUUUAUCUGCUGAUAAGUGUUCUCAGAUUCAGAGUGAUUUGGUGUUUGAAAAAGAAUUCGAACUCUUUCAUGGUUCAAAGAAUACAAGUGUCCACUUCUUGGGUUACAAGACUGCAGCAACUGAAGAAGAUGACGACAUCUCCAAUUCAUCCGAUGGUGAUUCUGAAUCAGAGGAGGAGAUUCCACUAGCUGCACCUGUAAAUGGCAAACCUGAGGCGAAGGCAAAUGAUAAAGCAGCAAAAUCAAAUGCUCAAAAGGCAGUAACUCCUGUUGGUAAGGCCAAGGUCAAAGUAGAGGAACCUAAAAAAGAUGAUAUGGCUAAGGAUGAUGAAGAUGAUGAUGAUACUGAAGAUGAUUCUGAUUCUGAGGAUGAUGACGAUGAUGACGAUGACAAUGAUGAUGUGGAAAUGGGUGAGGGAGAAGACGAUGAUAGUGAUGAUGAAGAUGAUAGUUCUGAUGAAGAGGAAGAAGCUACUCCUAAGAAGGCUGAAGUGGGUAAGAAGAGGCCUGCUGGUUCUGCAUCCAAGACUCCUGUUCCAGAAAAGAAAGCAAAGCUUAUUUCCCCUGAUGUAAAGCAGAAAACUGUUGCAGAUGGAAAGAAAGAUGGUCAUGUUGCAACACCAUUUCCAUCUAAACAACGUAAGACUCCGGCAAAUAGCGACAAGUCAAAGCAGCAAACUCCUAAAUCUUCUGGUUCAGUCGCCUGCAAGUCCUGCAGCAAAACCUUCAACACUGAGAACGCCCUUGGAUCACAUACCAAAGCAAAACACUCUACUGGAAAUUGAGAUUGAUGAUUGAUUGUCUCCUUAUUUUGAACUUUUAGAUUUACUAUGUCACGGUGUUAUUGAAUUUGAGCAUUGCUCUAGAAAUUUAUUUGCUCAUGAGAGUUAGUCUGUUUUUGUGUUUUUUGACCUUUUGAUCUAUGAAUUCUGUGGAUGCUUUUAAUGAUUUAGAAGUUCUACAUUUUUCAAUUUUGAA